UUUUUUUUUUUUUGUCUAAACGCCCCCUAGCCUGGACCAUCAGCCCAGAAACAGCCAUGCACGGACCGCUUUAGAAGAUUAUUAAGAGUCAUUCAAGGGGUUAAAAAGACCACAGUACUAUUGAACGGCCACAAAAAAGGGAAGCAAGCGAGGCAUUUCUGAAUUUUGUGUACAAGUCCUGACACAUUCAGAACCAAAGAUAUCAUAACACAGAUUCAGCCAUGAAUCCGAAUUUGCUGUGGAUUUUGCUUCUUGGGAUUUAUGUGCAGCAAUCAGCUUCACAGAUGGUGCAGUGCUUUUCGGCAUUUUCCAUAUCCACCGGGAAGUGUGCUGAUCUGUUGGGUGAGACUGAAAAAGAUUUUUGUUGCAUAAACCCCAGCUAUGGCUUCGCUGAAGCAGACGGAGUUUGUAGGAGCUGUGGGCAUGCGGCAUGGAGUGAAUGGUCAAGCUGGAGCCAGUGCUCAGUCAGUUGUACUGAGGGAGUUACUCAAAGGCGACGGUUUUGUUACGGAAAUGGUAGCUGUUCAGACCCUGAGGAUUUAGGAACUAUUCAAACCAAACCAUGUGUAAAAAAAGACUGCUGCCCAGAGGACGGUGGCUGGUCUAAGUGGGGGAACUGGCAGCCAUGUUCAGUAACGUGUGAAAAUGGACAAAAAAAGAGGCAAAGAGCCUGUUCUAACCCGGCUCCAAAAUGUGGAGGCUCCUGUUCUGGCGAACCGCAAGAAAUUGAACCUUGUUCCGCUGACACAGUCUGUCCAACUCACGGAGGGUGGUCCACCUGGGGAAAUUGGGGUCGCUGCCCAGUUACUUGUAUCGAGGAAGGACGUAACACCCAAAAAGAAGUUCGUACAAGGACGUGCACCAAUCCCUCACCGUCCACCGCUCCACCUGGCAGAUUUUGCGAGGGUUCCGAAAAAGACACCCGCCCUUGCAGUGGACUGCCUUUUUGCCCAAUCGAUGGAAGCUGGGGCUCCUGGUCAGGUUCCUCAGCCUGCUCUGUGACUUGUGGAGUGGGCCGACAGAUGCAGUCACGGAUAUGUGAUUCUCCAAGCCCCAAACAUGGCGGUAAACCAUGUCAUGGCGUAGAACAAAAAUCUAGCCUUUGCAGCACUUUAGCCAAGUGUCCAAUACAUGGGAGGUGGACAGAAUGGAGUGAGUGGAGUAUUUGUAAAUCGCAAUCCACUAGAAAAAUCACAUGCAGAACCAGGGAGGGAACCCGAAGGAAAUUACGGGACUGUGUUGGUACAGAACACGAAGGAAAACUCUGCGAUGGAGAAAUUGUUGAACAUGGCAGCUGCUUUGACAUUGAUAAGUGUGAUAUGGAAGCUAUCUUGUCCGAGUGGAGCGAGUGGAGUUACUGCAAACCUGACUGUGGGCAAGACUCCAAACAAACCAGAAGCAGAAAGUGUGUUCCUGACAUUUCUGAAUACCAAUCCGAUGACUACAGUCUUUUCUAUGGGAAGCCUGUCAUUAAUUGUGAGAAAGUGAAGGAUGAAACCGAAACAAGACCAUGCAAAAAUGUGCCUCAGUGCUAAGACAAGUUUUUCAGGAUGACUAAGCACAGAAGAUGGUGAAGAUAAGAGGACCAGUAGCUGUAGAUGGUAAACUCUUCUGCAGGAGGAAGAACCUUUAAGGGAUAGUUCACCAAAGAUGACAAUUUAUUCACUAUUUACUCUUCUUCAAGUGGUUCCAAAAUGUGUUUUAGAGUUUUUCUUCUGAUGCACAAGAAAGAUAAUAUUUUGAAGAAAGUUGAAAACGCAUUCAUUGUAGGAAAACAAAUACCACGGAAGUUAAAGGUGCAGUAGGUGAUCAGCCUAAAUGCCAUCUGUUAGCAUAUUAUCUUCGAAAACAUAAUCCCUUCCCUGCCGUCCAAGGCCACGCCACCUAAAUUUACAAGCGCACACAUUACAGAUGAGAGAGACCCACUAGAUCAUGUCAUUCGCCAGUUAGAAUACUUUAUAGUACUUUACUAUGGUAAUACUACAAUCCGAAUAGAAAAACUGUACUACAUCUAGCAUGUUUGUAAUUGUGUAGCUAGCAAAACUUGUCAUAAUGUGCUAUAGUUCAUGCAGGCAAGUAGAGAUAUGCGCAGGACUGAAUCUUUAGUCCCUCUCCCGCUAGGUUUUAUUCCAUACCUGACCGCUCCCGCUGUAUGUUCAGCCUUUGUUCACCCUCUGCCCACUCUUUCCCGCCCCGUUUUCUACCCGACCAGAAUGUUCCCACUAAAUUUAGUUCUGGUUCCCAAAAUCUCAUGUUACAAUUAGGCACUACCAAAAGAGAGAUAACAGAUAAAAGUGUGGGCUGUCCAAGUAUUGUUGGCUAAAUGUCAGUUUUGUUUGCCCAAUUGUGAUGAGACUUGAGUGCCUUGAGGUUUGUUUCUGGUGGACUCUUUCAAGGUCAGAUACACAAACAUAUCCACUCAAUAUAUUUGCCAAUUACAGAUUGUGUUUCAUAUAUCAAAUCUGGAUUAUUUUCAACACACAUAGCAGGUAUAAUUGGGACAAGGAAAAAUGUUAAAUGUAGAGCGAUUAAAUAAGCUGGAUGCUACAGAGUCCAGACAGCCUAUUAUAAGUGACACACAUCCGCCCGGUGGAUGUGCUCGCUCUCUCUCUCUCGCGCUCACUUUCUCUUUCUCUGGGAAUUCUAUAUUCUUAGAUCGCCCGCUCCCGUUCAAAUUAAACGAGUUACUGACCGCUACUCCAUUUUAUUCUCAGGUUUCUAAGUUUCCGCGUCACAAGAAAUCUAGUCUGGUCCCGUGGCUCCUGUGGUACAGGCGCAGGAAUGCAGACCUCUACAUGCAAAGAUUGCUGCUCUCACUCUCUCACGCGCUUUGUUCUAAAGCGACUACUUAGAGGUUGGCCAGCAGACUGCAGGAAUUACACUUAUUUCUAAGCCAUACGUACAUACUAUUUCAUGCCGGACAUUCAGAGUAGCAUGCUGAACAAUAUAGGGAGUGCGUCACAGGUUGUCAUUGUUCAAAAAUGAACCAAUGCGAAUAUAAAACCAACUUCACCUCAGUAAAGCAGGCUAAUCUACAUUAUCGAUGCUGUAAAAGGUCCCUUAUGAAACUGAAAAUAGACACAUCAAUCCUUUGCCGGAAGAUUUCAGUGGCUGAACAACACUUCUGUGCAUUUAUCCUAUUUGUAAAACAACACAGCACUACCAUACACGUGCAGGCUAUACGUUAACCCAUGAUACCUGAACAGUAAAUGAAACGUUCAGAAAGGCGUUGAGGCACUGUUCAGACUUGUCAGCAACCAGUUGUUCUGGUUCUUAGCUUAUCUGCAUUGUAUUGAGGUUGCAUGCAAGAGGCGACCCGCACAGGCGAACUAAAUAAGUCAGUGUGUUGAGGUUUUGACUGAUGCACAUGCCAUACACCAGUGUUUGGACCUUUUGGUUGCUUCAUAUUAAUUGCUACAGGUGAAAACCACUCUUUUUCGCUAUCCACUGAUCAGUUUUGGGAUAUGUGGUUAAUUUUACAUGCCUCCUUUCAGACGAGUGGAAGAAGAACAUCCAAAACUCACAUUUUAUUUUCUCAUUGUUUUUGAUUCUUAUUAAGAGUUAGAAAUGUCCACUUUAGUAGAAUUUACAUAGACAAACAUUUACUAUAUUACAUUUCCAAUUUAUGUAACAUUCAAUUCUAAAUAUGCUUUUUUUUAUCUAAAUAGUACUUCCCAAUUUACUUGUUUUCUGAGUGAUAAAAAGAAAUCCAAAGUCCCUUCUGUAAAAACAUGUAUAUAUCAACAAAAUAAAACAUGCAUUUUGAACUUAGAUUUAUCUGAUGUCCAGAUUCUAUUUUGUAAUUAAUGCAUGCCUGAUACAGCUUGUGCAAUUUUAUUUUAAAGUUCAUUCCUUAAAACAUGUAACAUAAAACAACUGUUUUGCUUUACAAUUUGUAUAAUUAUUAUUAUUAUUAUUGUUGUUGUUGUAUUACAAUCUGAUUUACAAAUUAGAGAAAAAAAGUAAAGUUGGUCUAAAGUAAAAAUAUAUUUAUGACAAGAUAAUCUUGUACAAAAUAACAAUUGACCAUGACCACGCAAUAAAUAUUUGCAUAUAUAGUACAGUAAACUCUGUAUAAUCAAAGUGAAAACAGUCUGUCAUCUGUGUGAACAAGGUCAAGUUUACUUUUCUUUUCAAAAGCUUAUUUGAACUUCUUAAGUGUCUGUUUCAUCUACAAAAUUCUGUUGCUAAUAACUUGUUCACAUUUGUCCAUGAUUAAAUGUUUUUUUAUUGCCUAGUUAAAAAAAUAACAAUGUUUUAGCAAAACAAA